CGUUUCAUAAGCUGGCGCAUGCGCGCGUCGCAAUCUAUCUGCUGUCAAAUCAGCUGUUGUACACAACUUUGUCGUCAAAUUGGACGUUUUUCAAAAUGUUUUGCACGAACCACGCGCUCCGCAGCCUCAAACCCUCCAAUGCUGAAUGAAACUGCGCUCGAAUCGCAAUUAAUAAUUCACCGAACCCCGCACAAACAACCCGGGUUCCGGUUUUCCUAAUUUUCGGUGUCCGUCCAGUGUGUUCAUGUGCGCUUAUCCAAUUCCGUGAGGAACAACAAGAACAAUUGUGUGUUUCGUGUGUGAAAAGCGACGGGACGUGACCGUGAAUGUGGAAGGAGCGGGUGAAAAACACGUCGGAAAUUGGAGGGUAGGCGACCGAAAGUCUGACGCCUGAAUGUCUAUUACCAUAGCAACCCGUCUUUUCCGGGAUGAAAUGAGGCUGGGCACAGUGCAGUUUGGCGGAGCGAAUGCCCCAUCAUGGACCGAACGGACGGGACUGAUGUCUGCCAGUUCUUGAAGUGCAAGUCCAAAGACAAAGCCGGUUCGGUCGAUGGAAAUCCGGAGGACGAGGGUGCCGCGACAGAGCAAGUGACAAAUGGGGGUGACGAGACGGGGCCGUGUGGCGACGUCGACGAAGAGUCGAAUUAUGUGGAGGUCGAAGAUGCGACAGACGCUGGUGACGGUGAUGAUGAGUGUGUGGAUAUUGUUGGUGAGGUGAGGAAAGAGAUUUUCGCCAAGGAGGACGACGACGGGCAUUGGUUGCUUAGGUGGAAUUUUCAGAAGCAGCACGAGGGUGAUUUUAUAGCGCUCUGCUAUGAAGAUAGCAAUUGUGUGGAAGAGUGUCUCGCUAGACAAGAGGUUAAUGGUCAGGAACAAAGCACGAUGUGGCUUCUGGACAUCCCCCAGCAUAAUGACUGCGAAAAGCUGUUGUGCUUUCGCUACUACGAUGGAGGAACGUUGGAUUACCUAGCUCAAAGCGACAAACUAAUCAUCAAACGACCCAGUGAUAAACUCAAAAAACUGAUCAAAGUCAAGCAGAAGAACAAAUACAAUGGUAUCGAGAACGACGCCUUCCAGGACGAGCCUGAUAUGCCACACCUCAAAAGCCCCGGUUCAGUUGAAGACCUCAACGCCGACAAGGAUCAAAUCUUGUCAGGUGUCAAGAAAAAACAGCUCAAUGGUAUGAUAACCUCGGAGAGCACAGAAUCAAUAGGUGGUACCAAGAAAAAGAUCCGCUCCAAAGCCAAGUCGCCGAACAAAGAGUACUACCAAAUCUGGACGGCUUAUAGUCCGACGGACGACGAAACCAAAGACAUAACUUGCAUGGAUUUUGCCGAAAACGCUCCACCAUUGCCUCCGCGCACGCUACAUAGACCUUUAGAGCGAUCGCACGCUUUGAGCGAUAGUUUCAAGCCUCCAGUCCACAGGCAGAACAAACCAAGGGCCAUGCAAAAGCUGGAGGACACGUUCGGCUUCGAACUAAUCGACACCGAUGAAGACUACAAGUCGUACAGCACAGCUUCCACUGCCAGCUCUCUUUCGGACGUAGACGUUAACGCCACUCCAACACAUAAGAUUAAAGCCGCAUUUUUAGAUAACAGUAAGAAAAUCGGAAGUGACAACUACGUGACGACGGUGCUGAGUAAAGCAGAUGCUCAGUUCCCUCCUCACCUACCCUUAGAAAACAAGGAUAGUCAAAGUUCCAUUUCCACGCAAAGCAGUUCGUCCGCCGACGUGGUCGACGGCGAAGUCAACGAGAGUUUGACCUUAAAACCGCACAAACCUCUGACCAGGACACCGGAGUCCGAGGACCAGUCACCGGAAGAGGCGUGCUGCUCGAACGUUCCCCAAACUCCGUUACACCAAAGAAAAGCGAUUGCGGCAAAGAACCCGGCCGUAAUUCGUCCCCAUCCCAAGGCGUUGGCGAGAGUCGCCGGCCUAACCUGCGCCACUCCCGUCUGUCCCCCAACUCCGACCCAUCAUUCCAGGAAAGCCCGGUACAACACGGAGUUGAAGCCGCCAAACUUAAAAGGCGACGCGUAUCCGGACUUCCCGUUGGAGGGCCAGGAAAUACUGCCGCCGCCCGAGGUAAAACAGGCGGACAUCCGACCAAUCGAAACGUUGGACUGGUCUAGCUGCAACGGCGCCUCGGAAGGUGAGGCGGCGGCGAACCAGGCCAAGGACAAUCCACACCUCAGCAUCAUUGCUAUGUCUGAGCUGAGGAACAUAGACACGCGAAGUCCCGAAGUGAGGAGUAACGAUCUGAUCAGCAAAACGAGCUUGACUUUGAGACCGAGGAAUGCGGAGGCGGAGGGUGCGAGCGGUGGUGUUCCAUUGCCAUUGCAAAGGUUGAGUACCGCCAGACUUCCGUCCAUACCCGAACGAGGCCAUAGGAUACUGGCGGUACCGGAACUGCCUGGGGAACAUGAGAAUCCACUUCCACCAUCUUGGGAAGCGAGGAUGGAUAGUCACGGAAGGGUGUUUUACAUCGACCACGCGACCAGAACGACGUCUUGGACGAGACCGGGUUGCUCGGCUUUGCCUGGAGUUAGUGGCAUUGGGGCGGAGCAACACAGACGGCAAUUGGACAGACGGUACCAAAGUAUACGAAGGACCAUCAGUUCCAACAGGCUGGACCAACUGGACAAUAGUACCGCACCUGGUUGUAAGUUGUUAACCAGGCCGGAUUUUUUCACCGUUCUUCACAUGAACCAAGAAGCCUUAUCUUUAUACAACAAAAAUUCGACUUUAAAACACAUGAUUGUCAGAAUUCGUAGGGAUCCCCUUAUGUUUGAAAAGUACCAGCAUAACAAAGAUUUGGUGGCACUCGUUAACUUAUUUGCUGAUCCCUCUUUGGACUUACCAGUCGGCUGGGACACAAAGAAAGACAGGAACGAUAAACAAUUCUUUAUUGACCAUACUAACAAACGUACCACUUAUAUGGAUCCUCGAGUACCGACCGAGACUUUAAGCUACUCCAGGAGAAUGUCCAUAGAAGCUCCAAAACCUCCACCGAGGUCGGCUAGCUUCGUGACGAAUCCCAGUCCGAUGCCAGAACUCCCUGUCGCCUACAACGACAAAGUUGUGGCGUUCUUGCGACAGCCCAACAUCUACGAAAUCCUGAAGGAGAGACACGCUCCCAUCAGCACCUCGCAGUCCCUAAGGGACAAGGUGAACGCGGUCAGAGUAGAUGGUACCACCGCUUUGGACAAGUUCAGUCACGACAUUCAUUUGACCAUUCUUCUGAGCCUCUUCGAGCAGGAGAUUAUGUCUUAUGUCCCUGCGGUGGAGACGAGGUCGGCCGCGAACAGCACCAGGAGUCCACGCGGUUCGCCGGCGCCGUCUCCGAUUGCCUCGCCGGGCAUGGGACGGCACCGGGUCCAAGCGCCGCACAAACGCGACUUCGAGGCCAAACUCAGGAACUUCUACCGCAAGCUCGAGAGCAAAGGAUACGGACAGGGACCCGGAAAAUUCAAGUUACACAUACGAAGAGACCACUUGCUGGAGGACGCCUUCAGAAGAAUUAUGUCGGCGAACAAAAAGGAACUGCAGAAGGGCAAGCUGUGCGUAGUUUGGGACAACGAGGAGGGGUUGGAUUACGGCGGUCCGUCCAGAGAGUUUUUCUUCCUUAUCUCUAGAGAACUUUUUAAUCCUUAUUACGGGCUUUUCGAAUAUUCAGCCAAUGAUACUUACACAGUCCAGAUUUCGCCGAUGUCCGCCUUCGUUGACAACUACCACGACUGGUUCAGGUUUAGUGGCAGAGUGUUGGGUUUGGCCUUGGUGCAUCAGUAUCUUCUGGACGCUUUCUUUACCAGGCCAUUUUAUAAAGCUUUACUGCGACUACCUGUGGCUUUAUCCGAUUUGGAAAGUCUAGACUUCGAGUUCCAUCAAUCGUUGCAGUGGAUUCGUGAACACGACGUUUCGAAUCAGGGCGAACUGGAGUUGACUUUCGCCGUUACCGAGGAAGUUUUCGGUCAAGUUUUGGAACGAGAAUUGAAACCAGGCGGCCGAAAUGUACCAGUUACAGAAAAGAACAAAAAGGAGUACUUGGAGAGGAUAGUGCGAUGGAGGUUGGAACGAGGAGUCGCCGAGCAAACUGAAUCGCUAGUAAGAGGCUUUUAUGAAGUGGUGGACCCUCGUCUCGUAAGCGUCUUCGACGCCAGAGAGUUGGAACUGGUGAUCGCCGGAACGGCUGAAAUCGACCUGAUGGACUGGAGGCAACACACCGAAUACAGGGGCGGCUACCACGACCAACAUCCGGUCGUGGUGUGGUUCUGGCAAGCCAUCGAAAGAUUUACCAAUGAACAAAGGCUAAGGCUGCUCCAAUUCGUGACCGGAACGUCCAGCAUCCCGUUCGAGGGCUUUUCGGCCCUGAGGGGUUCGAUAGGUCCGCGCAAGUUCUGCAUUGAAAAGUGGGGCAAACCGAACAGUCUUCCCAGGGCACACACGUGCUUCAAUCGUCUGGACUUGCCCCCUUAUCCCACCUCGGAAGUGUUGUACGAAAAACUUCUUUUGGCAGUGGAGGAGACCAACACGUUUGGCAUUGAGUAAACGGACUGUCGGUCAGAAACAGGGUUGUUGUGGCUCCCCGUGCGAUUUUGUGUAAUUUUGUACUUAUUCAGUUUUGAGGCUGAUUGUUGUUUUUUAUGAAGUUGUUGCUUUCAGACGAGUUAAUAUUUAAAUUGUUUGAGAGUUGUUCCUGUGUUUGUUUUUCGUGUAGUUAUGUUGUUUAGCCAGUAUUUUAAAUACUAGUUGCUACUUAUGUAACAUAUCUGGGCAGAUUUUCGAUAUGUUUUUUUUAUGAAACUGAGAUUAUGUAUUACAAAGUUACAUUUAUCACAGAUGUAAUUUUAAAACUUACCAAAUAAUUUGUACAGAAUGUUAAUGAUUUUAGUUAGGGUGUGUAUAUAAUAUAUUUAUUAUCGUGCGAUCAUUAGUCAUAUUUAAUAACGUCUAUUUUUUUAAACUAACAAAAUUAUUAUUACUGUUUCUGAUAUACUAAAAUUAAAUUAUUUUAUAAUGAUUAAUGUAAGAUAGAUUUUGAUAUUUGUUUAAUUGUUUGUUGUCGAGCAGUUACCAAUGAUUAGAAAAUUAUUAGUUGGGUUUUUACAAAAAGUCUUUUUUCCUUAUUUUCAAACAAGUCCGAUCGCGAAAGAAGUUUUUGUAAAAUCCUAGUAUGCAAGUUUUGAUAAUAAUAAUACUGUUGUGAUGUAUUUAAUUCUAGUCAGUAAAUAUAAAAUUCUUAUAUCAAUUUUAUAUAAUUAAAUGCACAAAACGUGUAUGUUUUAAGCUGCGUCAAUAUAUUUAGAUUAAUUUAUUUAUGUGUGAAACCGUUUCAAACGCAAAUUUGAUUGUAACAUUCCAGAAAAUACAUAUUUGUUAUGAAAA